UAACGGCCGCAUUCACAACAAACCACGCUCCACCUCAGACUCAACACAUGGGCCCCUUCCCACCUAAGGUAAGAAAUAUCUGCAUAUCUCAAACUAUCCACCAAUCCUUCCAAAGAAGAACAGUGACCGCCAUGUCCGCCCGACCUCCUUCGUUUGCCAGCAACUUUCCGACCUCAACUGCUGAACCUUCGGCAUACUUCAAGUGGCCAGGGAUUACCUGGGACAGCACCAAGGCGGUGAGAGAAGUUCUGGAAGAGAAUAACAGGGGGUAUGACAUCUAUGAAUCGAGGCGUUUCGCUCACAAUCACUUCCCUCACUCUGUCUUCUCUCGUUAUGCUUUUGGAGCGCCACCCAAAUUGAUCCACGACUGUUGGAAUCAUGACAAGACACAUCUCGUUUCGCUAGAUCCCGCAGGUCCUGAUAGGAAGGAUGUCGAUGAAACCAAGGUGCCCAAGAGAAUAACCAGGGAAGAUUGGGGCAAUCAUCUCGGGAAUAAAGGAUGCUAUGCCCCUUAUCUGGUGUUCUUCCACGAUGAAAUCGCACGUCUCGGUCCUCAAGGUGUUCUCGAAGAAUACAUCUUUUCCCCUCAAGCUAAUUGGGAGAUCUUUACCGACCCCUCUAGUAAAGAUCAAGGUCCUCCCAACAUGUUCAACCGGCUUUUGGCAGGGGCAAUACAUCCUUUUAUCCAUAUUGGGUUUGGAUUAGAGUUCAACGAUCGAGUAGUUUUGGCCGAAGGACUGGCAGAGGCCGCCGUCCACCCAGAUGUGAUCGUCAACCUCGUCAUCCCCCCUUCCCAUAUCCAACCUCUAUUCACCACCUCCUCUCCUCGUCCCUCUUCCUCCCCUUCCCUCCUCUCGAUCUACACCUCCCUCAUAUCCUCUCCCAUUCUCACACCCCAGCCUUACGACCCCAAAUCCAUGGUCAACGACCAACUGAAAUCAUCUGUCAACGGUCCCAAAGCCCAAGAGCUGCGAGCGAUCGUAGACCGAUGGAGUUUGUCUGACGAAGAGGUCGCAGAUGGACCAAACGGAUGGCAAAAGAAGUUUGAAGAGAUUGCAGUUUUCGCUACCCUUUUGGCGUGUGCGACUGGGAGGAAAGGCAAGGAGAUCCGAGUUGAUUUCUUCCUUAUGCACGCUCUAACUUCUUCCAUCUUCCUCCCCGCCUAUCUCUCCCGCCUACCUCCGUCCUUCCGUCGAGCUCUUUUAAGGCGGUACAUCCUCGAAGCCUUCCACACCGCUCUUGCCCGUGGACGACCCUCAAUUGAUCCGGAGCUAAUCAUGUCGUAUGACCUUUACCCUACCAUCAAUACCGAAGGAAGUGAAGAUGCCCUAAAGAAAUUGGUAAAAGAGGAUAAGGCGUUGGGGAAGGGGGAGAAGGAAGAGAGGAAUGCGUGGUUGAGUUUGGUGGAGAGUGCGAUGGUUUACCCUGAUUCUCACGUGAUAAAGUCGAUCCGCUCACUCGCACAUUACGCCUCCCUCCUCGGUAACUCUCCUCCAGGUGGCUUGCCGGGUACCUACAAAGAAGAAGGAAGGGGGGUUGAUAAAGAGGAGGCGGUUAAGGGUAUGAGUAAGCUUGAUGGCAGUGUGUUCUUGAGAGCUGCGGGUGCCAUAAUGACGACGAUGGCGCCUGGCGGGGAGGGCGCAUGGGAUAGAAGUCAGUUGGGGUAUGAUGAGGCGUGGGAAUGAGAGGACGCGGUAGCAACGAAGAACAAAAAGGAAAGGGUCAAGGGAUCUAACCAGUGUAGCACUUCAAUUUUGUAGCCAUAUCAUCUGCUAAGAAAGACACAUAUGAAGUGGUGGUCAUGAAUAUAAUUAUGCAUCGGACAAGGA